CUCGCCUGUCUCUGUUGCGGUGCUCCUCGCCUGUCUCUGUCGCGGUGCUGCUCGCCUCAUCUUCUCGAACCCAGCCCUGGUCGUGGUGCUCCUCGCCUCUCUCUGUCGCGGUUCUGCUCAGCCUCGUCUUCUCGAACCCAGCCCUGGUUGUGGUCCUGCUCGCUUCCCUCUGUCGCGGUUCUGCUCAGCCUCAUCUUCUCGAACCCAGCCCUGGUCGUGGUGCUGCUCGCCUCUCUCUGUGUCAUGGUUCUGCUCAGCCUCAUCUUCUCCAACCCAGCCCUGGUCGUGGUGCUGCUCGCCUCUCUCUGUGUCGCAGUUCUGCUCGCCUCUCAUCCCACAUCUGGCAUCAAGUAUCCUCCUUGUUACAAGGACAUCAGUUUCUGGAUCAAUGAAUCAUUUACUGAAACCAAUCUGUGUGAACUUGUUAAAGGAAUUGCUGGGGAUCUUGUAGAAGAGGCUUUUAAUAGUUGUGUUUUCGCUGCUGUUGCUGCUGCCACAUCUCUUGGUUUGCUUCUGCUCUGGUACUGCCAUUGCUGCAAGGGUACGGAUUUAGUUUCUGCGGUGCUAGUUGACUAGCUACUAUCUUUAUUUUAGUUUAAUUUUAA